AUGAAUAUACGAAAAGAUUUUGUGUGUUCUAACAAAUCGGAAAAGGAAAAUUAUAAAAAAAAAUAUAUAUACAAUAUACUGUUAAAAGAUGGAAUUAAUUAUAUUGAGAAUGAGCAUAAUGAAAUCAUAAAAAAUGAUAACUAUGUACGAACUUUAUUUUUUGAAUAUGAUAAAAAUAAAAAUGAAUAUACCAACCCAAAAAAAAAACUAGAAAAAACGAGUUCAUUCAAAAAUAAUUAUAGCGAAAAUGUGUACAAUAUAGUGAGCAAAUUCGACAAUGGAAAUUUGAUAAAUUAUUCAAACUUUCCACAAAAAGAUAAACCUUUUUUUUUUCGCACAAAGCAAAUGAAAAAAAAUAUUUCAUUUUUAAAUAAAAAUAAGAAUUAUCUAAUAUUUUUUAUGGGACAUAAAAAAAAAAGGAAGAAAAUAAAAUGGAAAAAAACAAAAAUGAAAGAAAAUGAAAAGUUUAUCAAAUGUAAAAUUUUGAAUAAAUCUAUAGAAAAAAAUAAAAAUUUCAAAAAGGAAAAGCAAGGUAAAGAUACAACUAUUUAUAGAUAUUUCUGCAAAAAUAUUAUAAAUUAUAGUUUUUCUCCAAAUUUAUAUUAUAAUUUUAAAAAUAAACAAGUGGAUACAUUAUUUAGCGAAAAGCCAAGUAAAAAAUUUGUAUUUGAAAAUAAUAUUUCUAGACCAUAUGUCAAUAUUAAUUUAUCAAACGAGGUUAAGUCUGAAUUUGAACAAAUUUCAAAAAAAGACAAAAAUAAUUUAAAAAAUAAAAACCCAACAAAAUCACAAAAUAAUGAAUAUUUUACGUUUCAAAACAUAAAUAAUUUUUUAUGGGGCCAAAAUACAGGUACCAACAAUAUUUAUGAACAUAAUUAUGUAACUAAUUUAAAGAAUAAUAAGAAUGAUUGUAGUAAAGAUAAAAAAAAAAUAAUAAAAAACACAUCUAAUACGCAUAUUGAGGAAAAUGAUAAAAUACAAUUUAGUAGUAAUUUGAAAGAAGAAUGUGUAAGUUUUCCAAAAAAUAAGCAAAAUUAUUUUCCAUUUACAAAAGAGGAUGUAAACAGUUUAAAACAAUUAGGAAAAAAAGAUAGUAAAAAUAAAAUUUUAUUUAAUUAUGAAGGAAAUACUUUUAAAAAACGAGAUAAUAAAAAUUUAGAAACACAAUUAAAUCUUUCUUCAGCACAGAAUAUUUCUCAUUUUUGUUGUGAUAAAGUUGGAAAAAAACGAAAAAAAAAUGAAAUUUUGAGAAAAAUAAAAAAGGAUGUUGAAAAUAAUAUAUUGGAUAAUGAUAUUACUUCAGCCCAUGAAAAGGACAAUAUUAAAUUAGAUAAAAAAAAUGGUAAUAAUAAUAAAAAAUGCUAUUUUAAAACUCAGAAUGAAAUGAAUAAAAUGGAAAGUCAUAAAAGUUAUGGAAUACAUAAAGAUGUGCGCGGAUUUGAAGAAACAUUAAAAUUUAUGAAAUAUAGAGAAUUGUUAAGAAAAUAUAUGGGUACAUUUUAUAAUUAUAGUUCCCUUAAAUGUGCUAGUUACAUUAUUUUAUAUGCUGUUAUAACAAAAAUAAUAAUUCAAAUAUCAAAAAAUUUAACAACAGGGUAUAUGUUUAAUGAACCAGGAAUAGAUGCAUUUGAUGAUAAUUAUAAUAAUGGUAGUAAUGUUUUGGGGAAUAAUAAUAUAUUUUUCCUUUUAAAUAUAUAUGAUUUAAAUAGUGUUAUACAAUCUAUUUGUUAUGGAAUUUUAUUAAUAUCUAUUAUUCUACUUAUAAAACUAGGAAUUCCUUCGAAUUAUUUAUUAGCUGGGAGGUUAACUAUUUUAUUUAUGUUUUUAUAUCUUAUUCAAAUUCCAAUAGUAAUUUAUUCCAAUUUUUUAUUUCUAAAAAAAAUAGAAAACAAUUUGUUAGAUUCUUCUUCAAAAUUAUAUGAUAAAAAAAAUUAUUUUAAUUUACAAUUACAAAAAGUUUAUAACAUUUUUUAUAUCGAUACAAUUAAUUUAUUAAUAUAUACUAUACUUAUAUCGGGUGUUUCUUUAUAUGCUACCUAUAAUAAGCUAAUAUAUCCACAUCUGCUUAAAUUUUAUUUAGACACAUUUUUUUUAAAUUCCUAUUCAAUUAUAAAAAAAGAAAUAAUACACUUUAGAGUCCCUAACAAUAUAGAUGCAUAUUAUUUGAACAAAAUGAAUAGCUAUUUAUUUAAUACAUUAUAUAAAAAACAAGAUACAAUUAAAAAUGAAGAUAUUGAAAGUAAUACUAGAAGUGCAAUUGGAUACAAUGUUGUUAUCAAAAAAGAAAAAUACUCUUUUUUUUUUACAAAAUUUUUUAGAAAUAAAAAACAAACACAUAAAAAAAGUACUAAACGACCAAAUAUAAAAGGUAUUGAAAUGGAUUUUUAUAUUAUUUUUUAUAUUGGAGAAUUAGACAGAAAAGGAAGGCCCCAUGGCUUUGGUUAUUGGCGUGGAAUACAUUCUGAGGGGGAAGUUUUGAUUGGUUAUUGGUACCAUGGAAUUCCUGUUGGUCCAUUUAAAUGUCGUGAUUUGAAAACGGGUUCUGGUUUUAUGUGUAUUAAGAUUGGUUAUGGGCAUACAAGUUGUGAACCCAACGAUUUAAAGAUUGGCCUUGCCGACACAGAAUGCUGCGUUAGUGGAGCAUUUUAUCGAACAUUUCCGAGAGUAGUAUUUUACAACUUGAAUCUGACUUUACAAGAUUCUAAAAAGAAAACUAGAAAAAAAAAAUCGGAUAAAAAGCAUAAUUAUUAUAACCAUGGUGUUGCAGAAAAAAGAGAAUGUUGUGAAUAUUUAGUUGUAGAAAAGGCUAGCAACGACAUUUUACGAAUAAAUUAUUCUAAAAUAGCUAAUAAUAUUUAUAGUGAUGAAAAUCCUGAAUGUUCAGAUGUAGAUUUAGCAAAUGAUUUUAAUUCUAAAUAUUAUAAAAAUAGUAAUAAAAAGGCAACUGACACAGAAAUGCAUACAUCUUCAGUGAUAGAUAGUGAGUUAUAUUUAAAAGGGAAAUGUAUAGAUUAUGACGAUUUAUAUAAUUUAAGUUAUGAUAUAAAUGAGUUAGCACUGGACGAGCCAACUUUAAAUGAAUCAGAAAAUAGUUUGCAUAACAAUAUAGAAUCUAUGAAAUCGAAUUCUAAUAACAAUAUGGAAAAUUUAUUUAAUGAGCAACUAGAUGCAACUCGUAAAUUAGAAUCAACACGAGUUUUGAACACAAAUGAAAAGCAUUAUCCUUAUUCUAGAAAUGAAUAUGAGCUAGACAAUAUUUGUAUUGUUCAAAAUAAUUCUGAAUCACAUAAAACAGAAGAUUUGGGUUGCAACGAUUUUGAUGGGCUUAGAUCUUGUAAAUAUAAUGAUAAUAAUUUGAGAAAUUCGAAAAGCGAUGUUUUACAAUAUACUGAAGAAAACAAAAUAACAUUCGAAAGUAAUCGCAUAAAAAAUAUGGACGCAAUAAAAAUUGGUAAUACUUUGAAUGAAAAAGAUAAUAUAAAUUUAAAAAAAAAAAAAAAAAAAGUAAUAAUGGAUAACAUAAAACAUGGUACAAUCCAUAUAUCAGUAGAAAAGACUAUGUCUGUAGAAAUAAAAAAGAAAAAAAGAAAUACACGAAAUAAAUCUAAUUUAGAAAAUAAUAAAAAUAAUUUGUAUAAUGGUUCAGAGAAUCAAACUGAUAAAACAACCAUGAAAAAAAAUAAAAAAAUAAAGUCUGAAGUUGAUAAAAAUAAAACAAAAUCGAAUGAUCUCAUUUUAAGUAAUGUUUCGAAUGGUAAAAUCGGUGUAAAAGAAAAAGAAAAAAAAAAAGGGGGUAAUGUUAUAAUAAAAUUUGAAAAUAAUAAAAUUAAUGAAAAUAAAGAUACAAAUGGUCUAAGUGAAAAAAAAAUAAAUUUUAAAACUCCUAAUGAAUUUGUAAAAAAAACGUCAAGUAAACAAAUAAAGAGAAAAGUAAAAAAAAGAAUAGGAUAUAGUAUGAAAAGGACAAUAUUCCGUCUAAAAAAUUUUAAGUUUAUAAAAAAUUAUAAUAAUAGUAAUCUUAGUGAUAAUAAUAAAAUAAAAAAUGAAAUUAAAAAAAAUAAAAAAACAUGGAUAAUGGGGAAUAAGAAGCUGUUUAUUCCGAAAACAUUUUCAGGGACAUUACCAAAAUUAAGAAUAAAAAAAAAAAAAUAUAAAAGUUUAUUAUUUUCUGAAUAUAUAACAAAUGUAUAUAAAACAAAAUGUAUGAAUAUUAUACUUCAAAAUUUAUGCCCACAUAUGCCAAACUUUGGAAUAACAUAUAAUACUGAUUUGCAUAUAUCGAUAGAUGCAGAAAGAGGGUUAUAUAUUACUGGGUAUAUAAACAAAAAAAAUAGUACCUAUCCAAUUUUAAGAGACAAAAAUCGAAAAACAGAUGAUUUAGAAGACAAUGAAGUUAAAAUUAAAAUUAUUAAAAAAACAAAAAAUGAAAAUAUAUUAAAUAAUAAUAAAAAUUUUAAUAAAAAAUUAUAUUCAUGGAUUGAUAACAUUAAAGAAUUGAGUCUAGAAGGAUGGGUUAGAUGUGAGUUAGCUGGUUCAUUAGAAGCUGUUAUUUUUAUUCAUGGUUAUAAUACGAGUCAUUUAGAAGCAUUACAAAUAUUAGGGCAAAUGGCAUCCUUUGGAAAUUUCCCAAAUUAUAUUAAAUUAUUUUUAUUUAAUUGGCCAUCUGGAAAAAACAUUUUAGAAUUUUUUAUAGCCAGAGAGAAUUCGAAAAAUAAAGAAAUACAUCAUGCUUUCAAAUCAUUUUUGAACACCCUUCGAAAUAAUGGAAUUAAACAAAUUCAUAUAAUUACACAUAGCAUGGGAACUAGAAUGUUUUUGCUGUCUUUUCAUGAUAUCGUAAAAGGUGAACUUUUUUCAAAUAUAGAUGAAGAAGAUAAUGUAGAAAAUAACAAAAAUAAAAUGAAAUUAAUUACAUUAACAAUGAUGAAUCCUGAAUAUUCUUUAAACGAUUUUGUAAAUAAAGAAUAUAUUUUUCUUAGAUCAUAUUGCACAGUUAUAUCUAUUUAUUGUGAUUCAAAUGAUAAGGCACUUAAAUGGGCUGAAAUAUUUAGUGGUACAAAAUCUUUAGGAAAAAACAUAUUCGAUUUAAAUGUUUCUAAAAAUAACUUUUCAAAAUAUUCAAAUAGUAGUUCUGAAAAUAAUGUUUUUGAUAGUAAUAAGUUAGACUGUUAUUCUAUACAAAUAGAUAAUAAUAAAAAACAUACAAAGAAUAUUAAAAAUUUCAAUACAAAUUAUAAACAUUCAUCAUCAUAUUUUGAUUGGGAAAAAUGUGAAGUGAUUAAUGAAAAACAAAAAAAAACUAUUACAACAUGUUUUAAUAGUUCUAUGAAUAAAUUUCUAAGUCUUAUUCGAUUUUGUUUUUUAAAACAAAAAAAAGUGGAAAUAAAAAAAGAUGGAUAUAGUAGUAAUAUAAGCGCUGAUAACGAAUAUGUUGAUCAAACUGUUAAAUAUAAUACAGAUUAUAUAAGCUCUUUUGAAGGAAAACAAAAUAAACAAAAUAAUUUAUCCUUAAAAACAAAUUUACAUCAUCAACCACCUAUGUUUAGAAAUACAUUAUUAGUAUUUACUGGAAUUGAACCCAAUUACUGUUAUAGAGAUAAUAGAGAUUGGUUAGAUGUAGAUGUAAUAGAUACUACAUGGUUAGGAUCAAAUGUACAUACAUUAAGGCACUCUUAUUGGUCGUUAAAUCGAGAAAUAAUAGAAGACAUUAGAGAAUUAAUUGUUACUAGAAAAAGAGCAAGGCAAAGAACAUCGAGGUUGGAUAGACGUGAAGGAAAUGUGUGGGUAUAUCGAGUUGCUCCUUCCCAUCUUAAAUCUAUUUUUGAUUCUGAUAUAUAA